GAGGAACAUGUGGGACGCAGAAGGAAGCUGGGCACCAGCCUGCCCUGCUUGGGCAGGGUCUUCCCGUCUCCAUCCUAAAGGCCACCGGACGUCGGCAGCUCAGAUCCAACUUCUCCUCUGACGGGUUGUGCCUUCUCCCUAGAGGAGAAGACACCAGAAACGCAACUGAAAAGUGUUGGUUGAUCCACGUCAACCAAUAUAUACCCAAUUGCCAUUUAUGAUUAGCCUCUGUGAUUCCCUCCCCUGUGUAUAUUUUGAGAUGGGGGAAACCGAACAAGAGGGACUUGGAGGCAGUAGGCCGCUGAGUCCGCCCUGCUUAGAGGAUGCGUCAUGCAACCCCUCAAUACCUCCCCUGCCUCUCCCUGCUGCAAUCAGAGGGGGUCUCCUGGGGUCUGAUGACGAAGAACAAGAGGACCCUCGAGAUUAUUGCCGAGGUGGUUACUAUCCUGUAAAAACCGGGGACUUGUUCAACGGACGCUACCAUGUCGUGCGAAAACUUGGCUGGGGGCACUUUUCUACUGUCUGGCUUUGUUGGGACAUUCAGCGGAAGCGUUUUGUGGCCCUCAAAGUGGUGAAGAGCGCUGUGCAUUAUACUGAGACAGCUGUGGAUGAGAUAAAGCUGCUGAAAUGUGUGCGAGACUCUGAUCCCAGUGAUCCCAAGCGGGAAAAUAUUGUGCAGUUGAUUGAUGAUUUCAAGAUCUCAGGGAUCAAUGGUGUCCAUGUUUGCAUGGUCCUGGAGGUUUUAGGGCACCAGCUGUUGAAGUGGAUCAUCAAGUCCAAUUACCAAGGGCUCCCUAUUCCUUGUGUCAAGAGUAUCCUACGUCAGGUAUUGCAGGGCCUUGACUACCUCCACACCAAGUGCAAAAUCAUCCACACAGACAUAAAACCGGAGAAUAUCCUGAUGUGCGUAGACGAGGGCUAUGUGAGGCGCCUGGCAGCCGAGGCCACCAUCUGGCAACAGACUGGUGGGCCUCCACCUUCUGGGUCUUCAGUCAGCUCUGCGCCCCAGGAAACCCUGAAUGGGAAGCUGUCCAAGAACAAGCGGAAGAAGCUGAAGAGGAAGCAGAAAAGGCAGAGCCAGCUCCUGGCCGAACGGCUUCGGGACCUUCAGCAGUUGGAGGAAUUGUCCGUUGCAGCCGCAGGAGACGCCAGUGGAUCUGCCCUGACGCCAGAAUUACAGGGUGGGACCCCCAUCUCUGUCUCCACAGCUGGAGGAACAGAGGCCUUGGGGGGCUCUCUAGCUUGCAGCCCCCAGAGCUUGACCUCUUCCUCUGGCUUCUACACGCACAAUGCCUACGACAGCUGCAAUGGACAUUCUCCCCCAGGCACUGCCAGCCGCCACUUCAGUCCAGAAUCGGCCACCUCCGGCUUCUCAGGGUCCCUCUUCUCCGGCUCAGCCAUGUCCAGUGCCUCUAACCAGCGGGAGCGUGGAGGCCUUCUUUCCCCCAGCACUUUUGGUACCUCUGAAUUCCUGGUGAACCCCCUGGAACCCCAGAAUGCAGACCUGAUCCGAGUAAAGAUAGCAGAUCUAGGCAAUGCCUGUUGGGUGCACAAACAUUUUACAGAGGACAUUCAGACACGCCAGUAUCGGGCACUGGAGGUCCUAAUUGGUGCCGCCUACAACACUCCGGCCGAUAUCUGGAGCACAGCAUGCAUGGCAUUUGAGCUGGCUACUGGUGAUUACCUCUUUGAACCUCACUCAGGCGAGGAUUAUACCAGGGAUGAAGAUCAUAUCGCUCACAUUGUUGAAUUGUUGGGUGACAUACCUCCACACUUUGCUCUUUCGGGGCGCUAUUCGCGUGAGUACUUCAACCGGAGAGGGGAACUGCGGCACAUUAAGAACCUGAAACACUGGGGCCUGUAUGAAGUCCUGGUGGAGAAAUACGAGUGGCCCCUUGAGCAAGCGGCCCAGUUCACAGACUUCCUCUUGCCCAUGAUGGAAUUCCUCCCAGAAGAGCGCAGCACAGCCGCCCAAUGUCUGGAGCACCCUUGGCUUAACUCCUAAUCCUGAAUGGACUUGUUGCUCAUAGAAAGGGAUCCCUUGCUCAUGAGGAUUUCCCUGGCAGGGGGAUCCUUGUCCCCUCAGAGAAGCGAAGCGUUGUCUCCUUGGCUUCUCCCUCUCCCCACUCCGUGAUUCGAGACGGCUGCUCGCGUCAGCAGUUUACAUGGCGGACUGGAGCCCCAGAAGCGAGGGGAUCGUUUUGCCUCCAGUUCCAAAGCACCCAUAAUCUCUUAUCUUGUCUCCUUUCCUCUGGAGACAUUGCCUUCUUGGAGUGAUCAAUAGCCAUCCUUUUUUUUGGGACUGCUCUUGACUGAUGUUGUUUGACUCUUUAGUUUUGUUUCAUUACUCUUGGGAGUCCUUGCAGUUUACUUCCCGCAUCCUUCAUGGGCACCAGAGUGGCUGUGAAGCCGUGCAAGAGGAAACGUUCUCAGCAUGUGUGAGUGUGGUACAGGAAACAUGCAUGAGGGUGAUCUGGAAGAGGUACCUGGAUGUUUGAGUGGGAAGAUGGAAGUGGUGGAAUCGCCUUGCCUUUUGAUCCUAGAGUGGACCUUUGUCCAAAGGUCCAAACCAAGGAAAUGUGGCCUUUCUUGAGCAAAUCAUAUGCAAACAGAUGGAUCUGAUGUAGCCUUGGCCUGGUUGGUCAAUGAUAGGGCUACUUGGGAAAACAGGAGAAGGUAGGUGUGCCCAAAAAGAAAGUAGUGGUAAGUUGUAUAAGUGGCAAAGGGGAAGGAGUUGUUUCUAGAGGGCGGUCUACCUUCUAGCAUCUCAUAUAGCUGUGCAUUCAGGCGCUGACUGAGGAUUAUUUCAAAUUGUGAUGAAUUCAGUAGGACUCCUCCACCCCGCAAGCAUUUGCAAGUCCUUGUCCCCACUGCUUGGAUGUAUAGGCCAUAGAUUAUGCUGUGUCUCUAACACGCAUGUUUCACACUUGCCAGGGACUCCGUUACAAAUAUCUCCUCCUAAUUUGAUAGUCUGAAAAAAAUUAGCUGUGUAUGUUUGAGUUUGGGUGACUACCUAUCAGUACAUCUCCUGUGCGUGUCCCGCCACUCGCUAACAUUGUUACUGUCUGAAGCUGUUGCUACGUUUAUGUUUGACUCUUUUACUACCUGUGAUGAGUUUCUCGUUUUCUUGGAUGCUGAGAAAACAGCGACUUCGUGCCUUUUCAGAAGAAGCCGAUCUGCUGUGUGUGAUGAAGGACAGAAGAGACUGGAGCUAAAAGGAGACUCCCAGUAGUUCCUAGUCUUGCUCGUUGGAAUACUUGCUGGCCAUAGUUUGCUAGGUUUUUGGGGACAUCACGUCCUAUGGCAGGAUAGGAAAGCCACCCUGGGUUAAGCAAGUGUAGUCUGCAGUCAUUCUCGUGACUCAGGCCACUAAAGGUAUAACUUCCCCACCCUGACCCCCAAGAUAACCCUCCGGGGUGUUUAGCUGACAUUUUUACCAAGUUUUAGAUUGCUAGAGCAAUUUUAGGUCCAGAAAUUGUCUUUUUUAAACCAGAAAGGCAUCUAUCCAGAGCUUAUGCAGUGUUUCUCAACCUGUGGGUCCCCAGGUGUUUUGGCCUACAACUCCCAGAAAUCCCAGCCAGUUUACCAGCUGUUAGGAUUUCUGGGAGUUGAAGGCCAAAAACAUCUGGGGAGUCCAGGUUGAGAACCACUGGCUUAGAGCAUGAGGAAACUGCUCCUCCACAGCUCCAGAGGCCAUUGGGGGCAUUCCCCUUGCACAGUCUCGUAACGCAACCCUCUAGCCUCCUAUAGUUGCCUAGUCCUGCACUAUGUUAUAGCCCCCCCCCCCCCCCAAGGUUAAGCUAAAGAAAAGACAUGGGGAUCAUUGUAAAAAGAUCCCUGGAUGUUUUAACACACACCUCUCCCCCAACAUUGCUCACUUGAUUCCCAAAAUAGCAUGUGUACUACAGGGUGAGGAAGCAUAACUUCUUUUUCAAAACUUAAAAAAACCCUUUGUAUGAAUCAGAAUUUUUUAUAUUUUUUUUAUAAUGUAGGCGCAUACCUAAAGUUUUGUUUUACGUAGUUUUGAAGAUCAAAUUAGGUAGGUGACGUUCCCCCAUUCUCCAUACACUGAGUAAACCGAUUUCUGGCGUUUGUCAUGACUCUUGCCAGCAUAGCAGGCGUUAUGUUGGCAAUUUCUUCCUGGUUGUUGGUCUUCAAAUCUUGUAGGGUCCUUGGACGGGUCACAUAAACACGGGAUUUCAAAAAACCCCAUAGAAAAAAAUCACAAGGGGCCAAAUCUGGAGAGCGGGCCGGCCACUCCAAAUCCGCUUGAAAAGUAGGCUUCAACGGCAAAAGCACGCUCCUCACUGUUCCAACGCAUGAUGGCGACUGAACUGUGCCAGGACAAAACUUUAUACUCCCGCCUCUCGAACGAGACCACUAGCACUCCGCUACGUCUUCAACCGACUGGCGUGCAUUUUUAAAAAGGAAGUUAUGCUGCCUCACUCUAUACAAUAAGUUAAGCCACUUAUUUCAUAAGAAACUACAUUCAACCCACCCGUGUCAACAGUGCUGGCACCUAGCUGUUACCCACUCCCCUUCUUGCAGGCCGAAGUCUUAGCUUGCUGUAGGGUGCGUUAUUACCCUUGGGGACCUCCUUUAAGCCACAGUUGGGUUCAGGACAACUUGAGGCCCUUCCAGACAGGCUCUAUAUCCCAGGAUCCAGUCCCAGGUUUUCUGUUUUAAACUGGAUUAUAUGAGUCACCACUGCCAGAUAAUCUGGAAUAAACAGAAAACCUGGGAUCAGAUCCUGUCUGGAAGGACAAAAGUGAGACAUUUCUUUGCACUUCCGUCUCUUGAGGGGGAAAAAAGCCAUGGUGUUUGCUGCAGAUGUGGUCCACGUGUGCCAGUGUUGGGGGAGCAUGUGUGUGCGUGCGUGUGUGUGCAGUUGUUCUGAAUCCCCCCUGUGCUGUUGCAGGGACUGAAUUUAAGACUUUUCAUUAAAAGAUUUGCAAUA